CAAAUUUCGACGGUUAUAUUGAACCCGCCGCAUCAAAUCCACGUUGAGUACCAGAUCGGUAACUGGAGCCUACUGGAGAAAGGCUGGUGCCUGUCUCUUCUCUUCCUUCCCAUGCACAAUGCAGUCAAGAGUGGGUGGAGCUGUGCUUGUGACUGGAAGGGAGUGAAGUGAAACGUACAAUUUGCGGGUAUCGUUUGUGGGGUGUUGGAUUGGUGGGCUAGGGCCAGCAAAGCAAGGCGAGGGUGCGGUCUGGCGGACGCGGGAACAGAAACCAGCCACAAAAAGGAGGAGCUUCAACGCAGAGGCAUUGAAUUCGGGAGUCGGGAAUUGGAAGAGAGUUGGGCUGUGUGGGACUGGCCACGUGAAGGGGGCACUUCACCACGUGUACGGUACUGGACCAGAAAGGCCGGAAUGUGGGCAGGUCCCUGUUCUGAGCUUGGAUCACCCUUUCACAUCCGGGCUGAGCGAGGACUUUCCGUCUCCUCCUGGGGGUUUUUAAGCUCAGGACUCCUGUUUAGAAGGGUAGUUGUAAUGGGGUCUUGCCAAAGGGCAAUUACAACUACGCUGUGAAACACUGCAAUUCCACCACAGCUACAUGGCUGAAUCGGCCAAAGAGCGUCGCGACCGCGUAAACCGUGUGAAAUCCGCGGACCCAGACUGGUCUCCCUCUAUCGUUCUUCCCUCCACUCCACUUGGAUUGGCCUCCACUGGGGAAAGGAGCUUGGCUGUGUUGGAAUGUUCCACCUGCCCUGCGUUAUUUUCUGU